AUGGUGCCUUGUGAAGGUGGAACUGUCCACCUUUUCUGCUUCAGAUGCAUCCGCAAAACCGCAGAGACACAGAUCGGAAUGAUGAAAUACGAGUUGCAGUGCCUUGACAUGAGUGAGUGCAAGGCCAAAUUCGCCCGUGGAAAUCUGAAGAAAGCGUUGGGCUCCUCAUUGAUGGGGAAGCUAGACCACCUUCAGCAGCAACACGAAGUCGAGCAAGCCGGUUUAGAGGGACUCGAAAGCUGUCCAUUCUGUGAUUUCAAGGGAAUCUGUCCCCCAGUGGAAGAAGACCGAGAAUUCCGCUGCUGCAAUCCCUCUUGUGAAACGGUUAGCUGCCGAUUGUGCAAAGACAAAAGCCACAUACCAAAGACCUGCGAUGAGGCAAGGACAGAGAAGGGACUUCCCGCACGCCACAUAGUUGAAGAGGCCAUGAGCGAGGCUCUAAUACGGAACUGCCCCAAAUGCAACGUCAAAAUUAUUAAAGAAACGGGAUGUAAUAAAAUGAUCUGCAGCAGAUGCAAAUGUGUGAUGUGCUACCUAUGCAAGAAGGACAUUUCACGCGAACAGUACAACCACUUUGCCAAACCGCCUACUUAUUGCGAUACUCACGAUGACCGCCAGUCGAAACGCUUCGAGAUUGAAGUUGAACAAGCCCAGAAGGCUGCCAUUGACAAGGUCUUGAAGGAAAAUCCCGACUUGAUGGAGAAAGACCUUCAAAUCGGUCCUGAAAGGAAGGAUAUCAAAACUCAUCCAAAGCCAAAACCCCGACGCACUCAACCUGGACUUCGGCCUACGGGGUGGUAUACACAAGAGCCUAUGCCUAAUCAGAGACAAAACAUUCUACCACAACUAGGCUAUCAAAGAACAGCAGCAUUCCCUAAUCUUCCGCAGUUUGUUCCAUUUGCGCCCGCAUUUGUCGUGCCGGGGAUGCCCUAUGCCGGCCCUCAAUUUCCCCUACCUGCAUUCGAGCCUCAUUUAAAUCCACAUGCUGCUACAAUAAUCGACGCCUCUCCUCAAGGCUUCAAUGGUUCUACUCCACCUCCGCAGAACAACUUCCUUCCAGACCCAUUUCCUUUAACAACGAAUACAGGCAAUGCCAAGGGUAAAGGUAACCUACCAUCGCAACCGAAGUAUCCUGCACUAGGCAACUACGAUAUCCCGCGUACUUUACCUGGCCAGAACGCGAAUAUGCCCUUGUGGCUGGAUGGCCCAUUUAACAAUUUCUGA